GGCAAGAGUUAGUAGAACGGCUACACUACAUUGAGGUUCUGGCACCAUCUAUUGAUUGUAACCCAGAGCGGCGAGCGGAUGGCAGCAAAAAGCAUCCACUACUCAUAGAUCAUAGCGGUUUCAGCUGUACGCAGUGCCGCUUCUUGACAACCAGUCCGUUCAACACUGCAAGACAUUGGCGCCAAGCAAAGCAUCAAGGUAGCAGCACAUUCGUGCAAGUCAAGCUGCAGAGCUGGCGAGCAAAGAAAGAGGCAGACUACUGGAUUGUGGCUGAUGAAACUGAUGGACAAGCAGCCGCUACAGAUAUGCAGCCAGCAGAUGAUGCACUCAGCCAGAUUGUCAGCCAAGCCAGCCAGCAAAUCAGGGGAGAGACCAAAGCACGGCUCGAGAUUGGAGAUGGACAAACAGGGCUGGAUCACGAUUCGACAUGGGUGAAAGAAAUGAAGUGGGCCAUGCAUUUCGUUGGCAAGAACUUGGUGGAGAUCUACGAUGCGGCCCACCAGCCGGGACUUACAUCACUACUAGAGACGAUUACACCGGAGAGCACGCAGGAUGAGAGAGACUACGCUCGCCAUGUUGCGCUGCUGUACGAGAGCUUUGACCGUGAGGUUGACCGAUGCAGCUGGCGCGUGGACAGCGUACCGAAAGAGACAUUACAGUGUUUAGGCGGCAUCACGAAAGGCCAGCCAUCAGGAAAUCCGUUUACAGUUCAGAAGCAAGACAGAAGCUGCAACAAGUAUCUUACCGUCGCACGCCGAUAUCUGGCUUUCUGCUGGCGUGCGUAUAGCAUGGGUCGUACGAGCGCAAAGGAGAAGCUGGGCAUGGUAUUUACCGACGAGCAGUGGGGUCUUAUGGUUGACAUAGCGCUGGAGCUGGAAAACGACGAGCUGCGGAUUCGUGGCGCAAGUAAUAUUGUCCACAGCAGCGACUAUAAGGCAUCUGAUGAUAGUGGCAUCUUCGACGUCGACGACAACUACAGCGACGUGGGCUCGGACGAUGGGCAAGAUCGAACAGAUAGAGCUGGUGAGCUGCCACCGCUCGAAACGCUAGGGCUGGACCAAGUAGUGUUCCGGUUUAUGGCUGCAUCGAUUAAGACUAAGGUUGCAGGCGCCAUGUACCGGAACUCGCUGCUGUGCUUUUGCGCCGCUGCGGGUGUACGCAAGCAGCCGCUCGGAUACUACGAAGUAUACUUAUAUACUGCUGUUCUUGCUGCUCUGCAGUGGACUAUGCGGAUCUUCUUUCUCGAGUUGUGCUUCCAAGAUGAGCUGCGCGACGUGGAUAGCAUUACUUAUGAUGCUAUGGAGGCAUUCCGGCUGCAGCAUGAAGAGUAGAUGUGUCUUGGCACAUACACUGUAAUGAAUCGCAUCAUAAACUGGAUGGCAUACGGCAAGGGCCAUCGCAACAAAACUGGCGGGGCGCCAACCGUGCACUGGAGCGAAGACGAACAAGUACUGCACCAUAGCGGCGAGCGGCUUGUUAUGCAUGACUUCCAGGCCGCAGCGUGUUAACUGAUGCUUGAUGCUGAGAAGGCUAUGGACGAGCUAUUUGCAAGAGGCUAGGGUCAUAUAAAGAGCGAGAUCGACAUGCUUCGCAUAGUGGAUAGCAUGAUCAGCGUCGGAGCUGGAAAGUCGUUUGUUGACCAUGAGAAGAACCAGUGGCUUCAACCAGGGCCAGAGAAGGUUGUCUACGCUAUGCAGAAAGCUAUCUUUGACAAGACAACAUGCACAUGGAAGUAAAAGGGCGUGCUGAAGUGGCUGAGGCAACUGCGAUAGUUCCGUGAGCUGCUUAUGAUCAUCGUGCACGUCUGGAGCGGGCAGCCAGGUCGGGGACCCGAGAUUACAACAAUGCGCCACUGCGACGGCUAGCAGGUGCUGCGAAACGUGUUCAUCUAUGAUGGCCAAGUUAUGAUUGUAACGGAUCGCGACAAGAUGAAGGCAAUCCGGGAUCUUGGCCGCAAGGUAGCAAGGUUUCUGCCGGAUGAUGCUAGCCGGAUGAUGGUCGCGUACAUUGCAUGGCUACUACCAGCCGAGCUGCUACUGACAAGAGUCUGUGGUCUGAAAGAGCCAGUACUAAAGGUUUAUGAGUUUAUGUGGCGGCAUAGGGCAUUGUCAGUGUGGGGGACGGAUCGUCUGAGCUCUGUAAUGAUACUUCAUAUGCAGAGACAUAUCAAGAUGCGCAUGGGCGUAGCCAGAUAUCGGCCCAUAGCCAUUGAGAUGGGGCGUCGGAUUCGCGGGCUCGUUAUGAAGCAGGUUGAAGGAUUAGCCGGCGAGAACGACGAGGAAGGCGUGGAAAUAGACGAGAUGACGGGCGAUGUUAUUGACGUUGGCGGGAGCUGGAAUAUUGUAUGGGAUCUGUAAUCAACACACGGCACCAAAAUGGCACGCAUGGGCUAUGCAGUACAUGUAGGGUUAGGGUUAGUAGGGUUAGUAGGGUGGUAAAGGUCUCUAUUUAUUCUAGCAAAGUUAUACUACUCUAAAUAACUACCCAAAGUACAAGUAAAGUAAGUAAAGAAAGAAAAAA